AUGAUUCCAAUCAUUCCGACCCUUGCAAUUGCUUUCGUCUCGUUCAUAUCCUCUGCCUUCGUCGUUCUUCGUAUAUUGGUUCCGAUUUUGCCCCCUCAUCCUCUCAGCCGUCGGGUUCCACCUUCUGAAUUCGGUCUCCCUAACUUCCGCUCCCUUACCCCAGCCGACAAGAGUCAUGUCUGGCUCGCGUCUUGCGACCUUAUUGCCCUGGCAAUGUUUAUAUGGCAAGCCGUGCAACAACAUCUCUCCGGAACGAACGACUACCAUAUUUCACAUGAUUCCGGAUCCGCCGUAAGGCUUUGGAUUGCCAUGACUUUAAGACAAGGCUGUCUUUUCGUCGUCGCAUCUCUCGCGCUUGUUCACGUCCGGAUCGGUCGCCCUGUCGCUUUUGGCAGAAAGCAUUGGAUGCUUUGGGCACCCACGCUCCUUCUCGCUGUUACCUCCACGUCUUUGGCAGGUGUUCUUGCCGCUACCAACGUGUCAAGUUUGUUCAUUGGCCUGGUAGCGUAUUCCACCACUAUAGCGGUCGCCAGUAGUGCAGCUUUUCUCUUUCUUAUUGGCACUCUCGUCGUCAUCAGGCGCAAUCUUGAUGCUUUGAACGAGAUCAGAGACCCAUGGCCGCCUGCGAAGGAAGUCGACGAAAUGCCUCGUCCCUCAUUCGCGACUGAAGACGUUGAUGCCCUCAGAGAUGGUAGUUCUUGGAUUACGUCCCGUGCCAGCUCUCGCAGCGAGUCCAUAUCUGCUUUUUCCUUCUCGACGCACCAUUCCGCGAAGCCCUCCAACGCCAGUGCGCGUAUGAUGAGCCAACACCCCGCGGCAGCGUCUAAUCCUUCCAUCCCGCCCAAAUCGUCCUUUUGGUUCAAUCCUGCGGCUCCAUACGCCGGGCGCGAGUCGCCUGUACCUCCAGUUCCCCCUCUCCCGGCCCCUUACCGUCCACCGUCACCCGGCAGCCUGAACGACGACCCCGACCCGUUCAGACGCAAUGAGCCUCGCUCGCGGAUGGGCUCCCAGUCGUCGUGGCUUACUGAAUCUUCUGUUUCUCAGCCGACGCUCACCGCUUGGUCUUUCCCUACGACAUGCCAUGAAGUGCCCCCAGCCUCUUCCACACAGGAUCUUCUGCCAUCCACGGCGGUAUCGCGCCCUAUCACGCCUGCCAUGGCCAGUGCCCAAGUGCUCGGUGGAUACGGGUAUAGUCCAGAGGCCGCUCACGCAGAGAAGGGCCUUGCAGCCCUGACAUCGGUCCCUGCCAGUGAUCUCGACGUAUCCAUCUACCGUGCGAUCGGUUGGCUCCUUCUCAUCUGGAUUCCAUGGACUUUGGGUCUCCCGUACCUCGCAACAGUGUCAGCUAGCCACCCUGUUGCCUCUCCUGUGAUGUCCGUUCUACUCAUCCUCUCGGUUACGUUGUCCUCUCCUCUCCUUGCGCUCAACAUUCUUUUCCGCUCGCCUCUCCCUAUCCCGACAGGACUCUUCGAAACCUAUGACGAGCCGCCCUCCAUGGUCAUGCAUACUCCCUCUCCGUACAGCCUCUCUCCCAUCCGGUUCUCGCAUGAGUACAAGCGCAGCGGGAGCAUCACGGUCGUUGAGGGCCGACGCAGCGGCGAUGUCUGGUUGAGCAACGGCGACGCCGUCGACGGCAAGAGCAAGCUGGGUCGCGCGAUCGGCCUUCUGCACCCCAAGCCCAAGCUGUCCGUGCUUCCGCCGGGUGAGGACGUGCAGGAGGCAGAGCUUACCCCGCCACUGCCAAUGCAGACCGAGGACAGCGGUGUGCGCUUGCCCGAGACGCCACAGUCACAGAACAGUGCAGAGCUCGGGCAGAAGCGCACGCGCAAGGAUUCGAAGGCAUCAUCGUAUUACUCCGGCGCGUCUGACUCGGUCGCCUUCGCUACGCAGAUCAUGAUCGCGCAGCGGCACUACUCUGCGCUUGCUACUACAAUGGUCGUCCCACCCUCGCCCGAUCGCCAGGCGGCCCUGGACAAUGAGGCCACCGGUUUGUCUGUUAGCGUCAGCGGUGUGCAGGCUGCCCAGGAUGAGAGCACGCGGCGACACUCGCACCUCCGCGCUCGCUCCGUGUCCUCGGUCAAUGGCGGAAACUUCUCCAUGAGCCCACCGCCCGCGUCCCCGCUCCCGCCGACGCCCCCUUCCGUGCGGGAGCGCAAGGCGCGCCUCGCGCAGCAUCGUAAGUCGCAGUCGCAGUCGUCCGCGUCGACCGGGUUCUCGUUCGGCGCGGUCGCCAACGACUCUGUUGGGGAGAUCGACGCGCUGUCGGCGCACCUGUUACCGCUGCUUGUUCCUGGCCUCAAGAUCGGCGCGGAUAUGAAGAUCCGCGAGGGAUGGACUUCCCCCAUGUCGACGCUUGGCACGAGUGCGAAGAGGGGUAAUACGAAGGGCACUAGGACAGUGCCGCAGGAAUUGGGUGGCCUCUCGUCUGACUUCUCGUCACCCGAGUUACACUCGACGCCUCCUCUGCGCAUGGCUGCUCCGAGGGAGCAGAAGAUGUCGACGCACAAGCGGCAUCACUUCAGCUUACCUAGCCUCAGCCUCGGCAAAGAUGGCAUUCAUGCUCUGACAACGUGGCGGAACGAUCUCAAUCAAGCACUGGAGGGCGGAGUGGGACAGUACUUUUCGCUCAGCACCAAUGACAUCAAUAGGAGGAAAACUGUCCUAGGCAACGAAGUCAUAACACCAGCUCCCCUCAAUGUAGUGAUGGAAGAAGACGAACACCUGCGCCCUAGCACUCCCGGUGCACACCUUACUCGCGCAACUUCCACCCAUGCCAUCGGUGCGACCCCGCCCCAUUCGGCUGACGUGCCAAGCGGUGUCAACACAGCGCGCAACUCCCUUGCCAUCCUCAUCACCGCGCUGGACCAAGAGCUGCGGAUGCCCCACUCUGCCAACUCUGACGCCACGCUCUUCGAAUUUGACAACGUCGGCCCGCAAGCGGAGAGCACUCCGUACGAGACCCACAAAGCCCACUCUCGGCCAUCCUCCCAAAACGCCCCGCCCGUGCCCAAACUGCCGGAAGACAUGAACACGAACACGCGUCGUUCAAGCAUUGUCUACAUCAGGUCAGAUGAGAACGCUGCACCGUCUCCCAAGCAGUCAUCAAUCUCGCCGAAAUCAUUCUCGGAGUGGUCGACCCGCGCCGUCCGGCCGCUUGUUCCCAAGUCGAAAGCCAAGAAGUUGGCACAGUCGUCCGCUGCGGGCGUCCCGGGCUCCCCGUCGGGCCUGCGCCCACUUUCACUCCUGCAGGACCGGGAUGUGAAUCGUGACGCGUCCAUCGGGACUCGUGCCUUGGCCGCCAAGAAGAAACAAAAGAAAACAGACGAGAAUGCCAACCCGUACGCCACCGCGAAGAAGGGCUUGAAGCCUCUCAAACUCGUGCGGAAUGAUACCACCAAAGCGCGCGCGCUCCUCAGGAAGGACGAGGUGCUGCCAGACGUGGUUGUCCGGCCGCCCUCCACCCACGAGAGCCAUCAUGCGGGGACUACAUUCACGUUCCGCUGA